AUGCAGCCGAAAAUGGCCACGUGGAGGUCCUCGAGCUACAGACCUCUCCACCUUGCGGCCUCAAAGGGCCGCGUGGAGGUCCUCGAGCGGCUCUUGGCCGCGAGGGCCACGGUGGAAGCAGAGGAUAGGGACGGCCAAAGACCUCUCCACCUUGCGGCCUCAAAGGGCCACGUGGAGGUCCUCGAGCGGCUCUUGGCCGCGAAAGCCACGGUGGAUGCAGAGGAUAAGUACGGCCACAGACCUCUCCACUUUGCGGCCCACUGGGGCCAGGUGGAGGUCCUCGAGCGGCUCUUGGCCGCGAGGGCCACGGUGGAAGCAGAGAAUAAGAACGGCCGGGGAGCCCCGGAGCUCGGGACGCGGCCCGAAGGCUGCGGAGACU